UUCCCUCCCUCCCUCUCUUCCAGGUACAUGAAGGACGGCGCGGUCCACUCGGCCAAACUCAAGGGGGCUCUUGAGGGGGCAGCCCGCCUCCAAUACUGGGAGCAACUUCGCAAAUUUCAGCCUCCAUCAAAGGAGGGAGGGAAAGAGGGGGAGGAGGAGGAGGAGGAAGAGGCAACAAAGGAGAUUGAGAAGGAGGAAAAAUAAGGGGGGCCCUGUCUGGUCCCGAAAGCAAGCACUCAUGUUUAUAAGGCAGGUGGACGAGGUACUGCGCUGAAAUAUAAGGCAACCCCGAGGGUGUUUUUGAUCAACUCUAAAGAAAGAAUACGAG